AUCGACAUUUAUUCGUUUGUGUGUGUGCCAUUGUGCUAACAGCUGGCUGCACAUGGCUUUGCAGAUUGAUGCUGCUGCAAAUGCGGAUGCGCUGCGUGUAGAAGCAGCGAAGAGUGUGGACUUAGUCUGUUUGUCUGCACUGACAGGCGAGGGCAUGGAAGAGAUGCUGGCAGCUGUGGAGGCAAUUCUCCGGGAUGAUCUGGUUUCAGUUGAGGUUGUCAUCCCAUACGACAAGGGGGAAGUGCUCAGCAAAAUCCACAGGCUAGGGAUGGUAAACCUUGAGGAAUAUUUGCCGAACGGUAUCCGAGUUCAAGCCCAUGUUCCAUUAGCGAUGUCACGACAGCUGCUGCCACUCCGCAUUCCACUUGCGGCGACACCUGGGUCCUCAUCAUCUGUGUUGUCAUCAUCUCCCUCUUGAUCUUUUCAAUAGGUCUGAUCUGGCCUGUGAUGGAAACUGACAAAUGGAAUUGUCAGAAAGGAUAAGGUAGCAGCAAAUAACAGACAAUAUUUGUUUUUUAGAUGAGAGCAUUUGUUCAUUCUCCUCGAGUCCUUGGUAUAUAUUUGCUUGUAAAGACAGCUUCCUACUUUCACAAAUGGUCAUUGGCGGGGGGGAUUUGACUCAGCCAUUGUGCUGGAAGCCGAAGUGCCACUUGGUUCUGCGCAUGUGCCAGCUGCCAUGCGUCUUCGUUAUCCUAUUAGGUGGUGUGCAGUUCCUGGGUGCUUUUCCUGCUUGGCUUGGUAAAAAAACUCUCUGCCACAUGUCACACCAUUCUCUAAUUGCGAGUUUCCCAUUC